GUCAAACGCAAGAGAUUCGCUAGACUUCUCCAAACCAUGGCAAUUCAGCGACGCCAUGUUAGCUGUGGAAGGAGAGAGAUUUCAUUUUCAUCGCAAUAUCUUGGGAAUGUGGUCCCCGUUUUCACGACGAUGUUUGCUGCCGGAACCGACAACCUUUUUUCUCUCCCUGGAAAGAAAUCAGCUGAAAUUAAGGAAAUGCUGUUGGUCAUUUAUCCUACGUCUGGGAAACCGAUCGAUCAAACUAACUACGCAUUCCUUCUUGACCUCGCGACGGAGUACAAGAUGAUGAAGCUUACUGAAAAAUGCGAAAACUACCUGAUCCUUAGAUUAGAAAAAGAAAAUUCUCAGUUUCAGCUGGGGCAGAAUCCGUUUGUCAUUCGUUUAGAAAAAGAGGCUUCUCAGUUCCCGCGGCAGUUUCCGGCGUUUGACCCUGAGAAAGAUUUCAUAGACAAGUGCCUUGAGCUUCUAAAUAUUGGGCAGAACUAUGGACUGGACAGGCUACAAAGCGCUUGCAUUGAGUUAGCAAUGCGUUUUAAAUUCCAGAAACUAACAACUGACGGGAGUUACAAGAACAUUUCUGUGUCCAACCGUGAAAGGAUUUUAGAGGGUAUGGUUAGAAGAACAGAGGAAGAACUCAAGACUAAAGAACAAAUGAUAAAAUCUAAAGACGAUCGAGACUCCCGAGCAAAAGAAAAGGCUGUAGCCGCGGUUAAGGAGCUGGAAAAUAUUAUUUAUAUUGUCUUUGUCGUUUGCAAGGCAAAUUAUCUUGCAGCCACAAUACAUGAGAAGCUAAAUUGUAUCAGUCGUUCAAAUGGAGAGUUCAGGAAACUAGCAGGUCUUUUGAAAGAUCUCCAUGAUAAAUUGACGGGCUUGUGUUAUGAUUUUUGA